GUGUCCGAGGAGCUGCGCCAGGUCGGCGAGUCGACGUGGAUGAUCCACCCCCUGUCGUCGAGCCACGCGUUCUGGGACCUCUUCAUCGCGUCGAUCCUCAUCGUCACCGUCGUCACGCUCCCGCUGACGAUGGCGUUCACGCACCUCAACGAGCGCUUCCACUACGCGAACCUCGCGUUCGACGUCCUAUUCUGCUGCGACAUCGCCAAGACCUUCGCGACGGGCUUCGUGCGCAACGACAUCGUCGUCAUGGACUUUGCGACGACGACGAAGCGCUACGUCUACGGGCCGUUCGUCUUCGACGUCAUCGCGUCGUUCCCGCUGGACACGGUCGUCGAGGGCUUCAUGAAGGGGCGCGGCAACGCGUCGCAGCUCACGCGGUCGACGCGCGUCAUCAAGAUGCUGCGCCUGCUGCGGCUCACGAAGGUCUUCCGGCUGCUAAGGGUCACGCGCGCGUACGCGUACGCGCGCGAGCUCCAGGUCCAGCUCGAGGAGCGCCACGGGCUCCACUUCCACCCGGCGGUCUUCAAGCUCUCGAAGCUCUUCGCGGCGCUGCUCCUGGCGGCCCACUGGAUGGGCUGCGUGAACUGGCUCAUCGUCGAGUCCUUCGACUACCCCGAGGACUCGUGGGUCAGUGAGGAGCUGCGGAAGAAGCCGCUGGCCAUCAAGUACUCCUGGGCGACGUUCAAGGCGCUGACGAUGAUGCUGCUGAUGGACUUUGGCAUCGCGACGCCCGUGGCGACGCACUGCGAGUCGAUCUCGGCCGCGUGCACGGUAGAGUCGUGGGUGGUCGUCUUGUCCAUGUGGGUCGGCGCGCUCUUCUACGGUAUUUUGAUCGGCGCGCUGGCGGAAGUUUUGCAGUCCAUGAACAUCUCGGGCCGGGCCUACCAGGACCACCUCCAGGCCGUCACGGAGUACCUCCGCGUGAACAAGAUCCCCGGCGACCUCAACGACCGCGUCCAGGACUUUUUUUACCAGCAGUACACGCAGGGGAAGAUCUUCCCCGAGGGCGUGCUCGACUGCCUGUCGCCGCAGAUCCGGUCCGAGGUGCUCCUGUCCAAGUACAAGCGCCUGGGCCUCGAGCUGAGCCCGCUCGUCGACGGCGGCAAGGCGUUCCAGCUCCAGCUCGUCAAGCACCUCCACGACCACUUCGUCUUCUCCGAGGACCGCAUCCUGGAGGAGCGGACCUUCGGCGACUACAUGUACUUUGUGGCGUCGGGCGUCGUCGCCAUCACGUCCAUGCACGCGCGGAAGCAGCACGACCAGUCCGCGGGCGGCGCGUGCGUCGCCGCGAUCGGCGACGGCUGCUUCUUCGGCGAGGUCGCGCUGCUCCUGGGCAUCAAGCGCACGGCGUCGGCCCUCGCGAUCACGUCCUGCCGGCUGCUGGCCGUCGACGAGGGCGGUUUAGAGCGCACGCUGCGGAACCACCCGGCCAUCGCCGCGCGGCUGGAACGGGUGGCGCGGGAUCGC